GACUCCCCUGCAGUCUUCAGCCAAUGAGAGCCAGGAGGUGGUGAGGAGAGCCAAUGAGAUGCUGCGAGAGAUGGAGGUUCUGAAGACCCACAUAAAGACCCUGCUGAUGCAGCCAGAAGACUCUGGAUACUUCAGCAGACCUGCAACAGAACUCCCACCAGAACCAGUUCAAACACCUGGAGUCCCACCAGAACCAGUCCAGACACCUGGAGUCCCACCAGAACCAGUCCAAACACCUGGAGUCCCACCAGAACCAGUUCAAACACCUGGAGUCCCACCAGAACCAGUCUGAGGACCAAAACCUUCAGUCUAAUCCAACAGAGUCUCAAAGAAACCUUUAUCCAGCUUCUCACGGCCCGUUUCAUGGGAUUCAGAACCAUCAGUUCCAGUCUGGACUGGUUCAGAGGAGACCUGUCCACCCGUCCAUGCUGGAGAAGGCUAGUCAGGUUCUCCGUCAGGCCCGGAGACGGAAGAAAGUCCUGGAGGACAACCUGGAGACCCUGCUCAAAGCCAAGACUGGAGAGAUCCUGCACUGCCAGCUGGAAGCCCUGGCUGCUAACAGAGACCUGGUUGAGGAGGUUCGGAUCAAGAAGACCGUGGACUCGUGGAUCAGCACCUUAACCAAAGAAAUCCAGUCUCCUGGUCCUCUGAAGGCUGCAGCCUCACAGGUGAGACCUGCAGGUAGAGGGAAGCCGGUGGGCGUGCUCAGACCAGCAGGAAGUAAGGCUGCAGUGAGAAGCAGAGGACAAAGAGCAAGACAACAAGUGGAGGUCGAGCCUCCAAGGGUCACAGGUAAACUGAUGGACAGCGGUCAGCAGCAGCAGGAGGAUAGAGACACGUACCUGACUCGUCUGUACGGUAAACUCCCACAUGAAGGUCUGAGACGAACCUUAAAGAGGAGUCCAUAUCCUCGCUUCAGCUCUCCUGCUUCACCGCUCAGCAGAAAGCCCCGCCCCCGGCUGGUGGAGAGCAUCAGAGGUGUGACGGUGAAAUCCUGUAAAACUCAGACCAGUUGGGCUCCUCCCCUCAUCGAGACACGCCCCUCAUCACGUGACCCCGCUCACCUGUCUGAGACCCCUGCAGACAGUUUCCCCAUCGCCAUGGCGAUCCCACUGGGUCGUCCCAGGAUGGACUCCUCCAGGCGUGAGCGUCCACAGGAAGUGGCAUCAGUACUUCCUGUUCGGCUCCCAGCCACAGUGGAGAAGAUGAGUGACAACGCACAGGAGGAACAGGUGAGAYGUCCCCGCCCCGCUGCAGGCAGGACAGGUGUGACAGACUCAGUUCAGUUCCACCUGCAGCAGCGGUCCAUCAUCCUGGACAUCCUGGAGGAAGACUUCCACAGAGACGAAGAGGAGAGCAUCAUSCCUGGAACUGACAGUCCAGGGACUGCCGUCCUCCAGGAGGAGGUGCCUGAUGUUCUGGAAGAGGAGGCUGUGGUGUUGGAAGGAGGUCCAUCUCSUGCUCCAGUCCAGUACCAAGGUCCAGUCUUCCCUCCAGGAGCCCCCUCCUCCCACCACGAUCACAGUCCGGUUCUGGUCCGAGCCAGCAGCCGGCAGCAGGAGGUCCUGGAGAACCGUCUGGUGGAAUGGGUGGAGCAGCAGCUCAUGUCCAGGAUGAUCUCUGAGAUCUACCAGCCUCCUCUGCCUGACCCCGCCCACAAUCAGCACACUGACCAAUCAGAGCUCAGGGACCAGAGCCUCACCUCAGACACAGUGGAGGCAGCAGGAGGUGCAGGACUGCAGGUCUUCGUGGACUCUAAAGUUCCUGUGGACUCAGACCUGAUCAGGCACCUCGUUAACGAGGUUCUGACUGAGACUGUGGUCCAGAUUCUGGGUCAGAGAAACACUUCAGCUGCUGAACCAGAACCAGAACCGGAAGCCCCAGAGCCAGAACCAGGAGCUGAUGAGGAGAAACCACUUCCUGUGGUCCUCACACCUGUACCAACACCGCUGCCCAGUGUGACCCAGAACAGCAGGGAGACCACACCUGUCCCCACCCCUCCUGGAUCAACUCCACCCACCCCGCUGAGCACGCACCCUCCUGAGCCAAUCACAGCUCCUCCAGAUCUUGUAACCACACCAGCCUCCACCCCAGAGGAUGUCUCARAGGAAAUCCCGCCCACUGCUCCCCAGGCCCCGCCUCCUCUCACCUGGGGCGAUGCUGAUCUCCGUCUGGAGGAGGARAGACCAGAGGAACAUCUGGACCCAGACGAACAGCAGCUCAUCAUGUCACGAGCAGAGGAGCCUCCUGUCUGCUCCCCUCCUGCUCCUCCCCAUUCUGUUGGACCUGRACCUGRACCUGGACCUGMACCUGRACCUGGACCUGGACCUGGACCUGGACCUGGACCUGRAYCUGGACCCCCCUCCAGCUCCUCGGAGGAUCUGAGCUCCAGCAGCUCCACGGUGACGGCCGGGACUGAAGCAGCUCUGAAGCACAUCUCAGAUGGAGAACUGCUGAUCAGCAUGAGCCAUCUGCAUCCUCCCACAGGUACAAUCAUCAUCAUCAUCAUCACCUCCCUCUGAUCUGACCUCCUUCAG